AUGUGGGGCUUCGUGCUUCUUAUCGCCAUCGCAUGGGCGAUUGGAUGGUUCUUGCGAGAUCGACAGACCAUUUCACGACUGUCUGACAAACAUGUCUUCAUCACCGGUUGUGACACAGGCUUCGGAAAUCUGUUGGCCAAGCGACUGAACAGAAAUGGUUUCCAUGUCCUUGCAGGAUGCCUCACACAGUCAGGAGCAGAUGACCUGCAAAAAGCUUGUCCUAUGGGACUGAAAACCACUUUGCUGGAUGUCACCAACUGUGGAAGCAUCAAAAAGGCAGUGCAGUGGGUGAAAGCAGAGGUGGGAAGUAAAGGUCUGUAUGGGCUAGUCAACAAUGCAGGUGUUGCAAAUCCAAUAGGUCCUACUGAAUGGAUGACAGUGGAUGAUUAUCGAAGGGUUAUGGAGGUGAACACGUUUGGCACCAUUGGAGUGACAUUAGGUUUUCUACCCCUGGUAAAGCAGGCACAGGGCAGAAUUGUUAACAUGGCCAGCGUACUUGGGAGGAUAUCAGCCAAUGGAGGAGGUUACUGUGUUUCCAAAUAUGCUGUAGAGGCUUUUUCGGAUAGCCUUAGAAGGGACAUGCAACACUUCAGUGUUAAAGUCUGCAUCAUAGAGCCUGGCUUCUUCAAAACAGCCGUUACCGACCUGGAUUCUAUUGAAAAGUCUCUGCAGCAGCUUUGGGACCAAAUGCCUCCUGAGACAAGGAAGAGCUACGGGGAUGUGUUUUACCGAAAGUAUAUGAAAGUCCAAAGGCUGAUUAUGAAUUUCAUAUGUGAUCCUGACAUCUCUAAAGUGCCUAAAUGCAUCGAACACGCCUUACAAGCAAGAUACCCUCGUACAAGAUACAGCCCAGGCUGGGAUGCAAAGUUGGUGUGGCUACCAGCUUCUUACAUGCCAAGUUUCAUUGUGGAUACAGUGCUCGCCUUUGUUCUUCCUAAACCAGAAGAGCAAGUGUGCUAG